AUGGACUUCUUCAGCAAACUUGCAACCGUGGCUGAAAUUCCUGGCUUUAACUGGAAAGGCCUUGUUGUUGCCUUUACUGCUGGCCAAUUUGCAUUCGACACGUACCUUAACAUUCGCCAAUACAACUUCCUCAAGAAUGACAAGCCCCAAACCCCUGAGGAUGGUGAUGAAGAGACCUUCUUCAAGACUCAAAGGUAUCAACUUACCAAGCAGCGGUUUUCCAUCUUCACUGGUGCUUACAGCUUUAUCACCAAUGUCGCCUUUCUCAAGUUCAACGUUUUACCUAAACUCUACUAUGCUACCGGUCAAUUCAUCUCUACCUACGCCGUCAAGUUUGGUUUUUUGAAGUGGUUUGCCAGCCCUACCCCACAGUCUGUCGUCACCUUCCUUGCUCUCCAGGUUCUCUCGUCUAUUAUCUCUCUCCCGCUCAGUUACUACUCUACAUUUGUGAUUGAGGAAAAAUUUGGUUUCAACAAGCAGACUAAAGUUCUGUUCUUUACAGAUUUCCUUAAGACACAGGUUCUCUCGUUUGCCAUUGGUACCCCCAUCAUUCUCGGCUUUGUUAAGAUUAUCGAAUACUUUGGUGAUGCUUUCUUCCUCUACGUUUGGUCUUUCUUCUUUGUUGUCCAGAUCUUCAUGAUGACCAUUGCUCCGAUCGUCAUUAUGCCCCUCUUUAACAAGUUUACUCCCCUCGAAGAUGGCUCACUCAAGACUAAAAUUGAGGACCUUGCCAAGUCCCUUUCUUUCCCCCUCUCUAAGCUCUUUGUCAUUGAUGGCUCCAAGCGUUCCUCCCACUCCAAUGCUUUCUUUACUGGUCUCCCAUGGAGCAAGCGCAUUGUUCUUUUCGAUACCCUGAUUGAGCAGGCUUCCUCUGAUGAGGAGAUUGUUGCCGUCAUUGGCCACGAAAUUGGCCAUUGGGCUAAAAACCAUCUUGCAAAGACUCUUGUUGUUCUUCAGGGCAAUCUUUCUCUCAUCUUCUUCCUCUUCUCUGCCUUUUUCCGCAACAAGUCCUUUUAUGAAUCUUUUGGCUUUGAUACCACUUCCCCAACUUCUCUCUUUGCUGACCGCAAUAACCUUCCCAUUAUCAUUGGCUUUAUUCUUUUCCUUGACAUUCUAAAGCCUCUUGAAUUCUUCACCACUUUUGGCUCUAACUUGCUUUCCCGCAAGCACGAGUACGAAGCCGAUGAGUAUGCUACUGAUCUGGGCAUGGGUGAGGAUCUCAGCUCCGGACUUGUCACUCUUUUUAAGGAAAACAAGAGCUCUGCACGUUCUGAUCCUCUUUACAGUGCUUACCACUACAGCCACCCUUUGCUGCCUGAGCGUCUGGCAGCCAUUCGUGCUCGUAUUGAAAGCAAUAAGACUGCAGAAAAGAAGGAUCAGUAA